UUUCUAAUGAAAACUGUUUAAAUUAUUGGAUUAUUCUUUCGUUUUAAUGAUAAUUUAGGACUAAGUAAUUUUAUUAUAUUGUUGAAGAAUUAUUAUCCAUUUAGUGUAGCAAAACAAUUUUCUUACAUUAUUGCUUUUGUUAUAAUGUGUAUCAUUCAUUUUUUUUUAUAAUUAGAAAAAAGUGUUGGUGUUAAAAAUUCAAAAUGGGAAAAGUACAUCAACGAAGAAUAAAAAAAGAAACUACAGAGAAGUUGGGAGCAAAACUUUUAGAAGCUGCAAAUGUGUUGCUUCCAGAAACUUCUGGGUAUAUAAUUGCUGAAAAUGGCGAAAAAACAACUAAAAUUACACAAACUCAAUUAUCAAAUUCUGUUGAUGUGACUAGUGCUCAAAAACAUUUUGAUUUAUGUCUUGAUUUUGGACCAUAUGAUAUUGAUUAUUCCUUAAAUGGUCGUCAAUUAUUGAUUGGAGGAAGAAAAGGCCAUGUAGCUGCAAUGGAUUGGAUAACAAAAUAUUUAAUGUGUGAAAUAAAUGUAAUGGAAGAAGUUUAUGAUGUCAAGUGGUUACACAAUGAGAAUCUAUUUUCUGUUGCCCAAAAAAAAUGGGUUUAUAUUUAUGACAAUCAAGGUGUAGAAGUGCAUUGUUUGAAAAAUUUAAAUAAUGUAUUGCAUCAGGAAUUUCUUCCCUACCAUUUUCUUUUAAGCACAGUUAGCGAGGAAGGGUUUUUAUCAUGGGUGGAUGUAUCAAUUGGAAAGAUGGUUCAACAAUUUAAUGCUAAAAUGGGUCGACUAAGCUUGAUGUCACAAAAUCCAAGCAAUGCUAUGAUUUGUAUAGGAAAUACUAAGGGUGUUGUAUCAUUUUGGAGUCCUAAUUUAAAAGAACCCGUUGCAAAAAUUCUUUGUCAUGGAAAUCCUAUUACAUCAUUGGCUGUGAAUAAUAAUGGAUUAUAUAUGGCAACAACUGGUUUGGAUAGAAGACUAAAAGUUUGGGAUAUGCGUCAAUUUCGUGGACCUUUACAAGAAUAUAAAUUACGUGCAAGUCCUAGAAGUAUGGUAUUUAGUCAAAAAGGAUAUUUAGCUCUUGCAAUUAAUAAUGUGGUUGAUAUUUAUGAAGAAUGUUGCACAAAAUCUGUUACACAUGCAUAUCUGAGACAUAACAUUGCUAGAACGAUUAAAAAUUUAGCAUUUUGUCCAUUUGAAGAUGUUUUAGGAGCUGGUCAUGAUGGAGGUUUUUCAAGUUUAUUAAUUCCAGGUAGUGGAGAACCUAAUUUUGAUGCUUUAGAACGUAAUCCUUUCCAAACAAAAAAACAACGUAAAGAAGCUGAAGUUAAGAUGCUACUAGAAAAAAUUCCAGCAGAAAUGAUUGCUUUAGAGUCUACUGUUGAUGAAAUUGAUGUUAACACACUUAAAAAUCGAUUAGAACAAAAAAAUUCUCAAAAUUUUGGAAAACCUACUAGAAUUAACAUAAAAGUUAAAAGUAAGUUAAAAAGAAAAACUCAAGCAAAUCCGUCAAAAGUUAAACAAAAAAUAUAUGAAGAAAAAACUAAGGAGUUUGUUAGAACUAUAAAUAGCAAGUCAAGAGUAGAAAUCAAUGAUAAUACUCAAUUGAAACGAUUCAGUGCACUCGAUAGAUUUCAAAAUAAAAAGAAAAAAUCAAAACAGUGAUGAUUAAAUGUUAUUUGUUAAAAUCUUUAUUUUAGUAUGAGAUCUUAACAAAUUAAUAAUAUAUACAUGUUCCUUAAGCAGAACAUUUUAUAUGUAUCACAAUUGUAUAUCAUUUAUUAAAAAAAAAUUCAAUUCAUA